UUCCCUCCAGGCGAUAGGUGGGCUGUUCAGUAAAAUCUAAAAUAAAAGUUUCUACGCAUGUUUUAAGAAAGUUUUGCAAGCUACCUAUCCGAGCAAGUUUUUCCUCGUUAGAUUAGCGAACAGUUUUUUUUUAUUUUUGUUUCUCCCCCCUUUGGCUUACUCAGAGAAAGCUGCCCCACACCGGGCCCAGUGGUACGAUUUUUCGAGCAUACUCCAGGAACAAAGGACGUGCCUUGCCCUCCUCCCUGAAGUCUGGAGGAGUUUAAUGCAGAGGUAAAGACAGCUGUAAGUGGAGUAAUCCCUGGGAAAGAAUCCUGAUGACUGAGCAAAACCAGAAUUGUACUCCUGCGGAAGAACUGAAAUCUACGAGAUUUCUUAGUAAGAAAGACUCUAAAAGCGUUUCAUUUCACUCAGAGCCAGAAAAUGCAGGAGCGGAAGAUAAACCAAAGAAAGCUGGGAAAUUACUUAAUCAACAAUUACAGUCUCUGAAUCUGGAUGCAGAAAUAUUUGAAACCAAGAAGAGAAAUUAUCUAACCAGAUCAAAGACUUAUGAUACGGUGUUUUCACCCAGUCCUACAGAUUAUGAAACAAAACCUGAACGGAAAAAGUCCACCUCCAACCCUUCCAAGACUAACGCAACCUAUCACAAGCUCUUUAAACACGUUGAAAAGGAUGAAAUAUUAAAACAAAGCUUUACAUGUGCUCUACAAAAAGACAUACUGUACCAAGGGAAACUGUAUGUAUCUGAAAACUGGAUUUGCUUUAAUUCCAAAGUCUUUGGAAGAGAUAUUAAGAUUGCAAUACCUGCCUUUUCCGUGACUCAAAUUAAGAAACAUAAAACUGCUUUACUCGUACCAAAUGCUCUAUGCAUAUCAACAGAACUUGAGAAAUUUAUGUUUGUUUCAUUGCUCUCCAGGGAUGCGACCUACAAGCUGCUUAAAUCUGUUUGUGUACAUCUGGAGGACAGAACUGAUGAUAUCAGUCCAAAUCCAUCCUCCCUUGAAAAUAGUUUCAGAGCUGAACGUCCAACAUCUUUGCCUCUGGAUUUCAAUAUUGAAGAUUUGACUGACCUUGCAGUGUGUCGACGACGAGAGUUGGAGCAAUCUAGUAGUUCUGGAUCUCAAACUCCAGAGUCUGAAAAUUCUCAAGAGUUUAGUACAACCCAAACGUUAUUGAAUAUUGCAAAGAAUGAUGAUAUUCCAGUGCUUGCUGAUGUUCACAUAAAAGAAGUAUCAGAGAUAAAGAGAAGGACCUGUCACGAUGAUAGACAUUCCUUGAUUUGGGGAUUAUUACACAGAGUGAAAUCUAAUGGUGUCCAGUAUCUCUCUGUGAAUACCUUACUGGUGCUCUAUCUGAUUAUUGUCAUUGUGCUAGUUCUGUCAUCCUUCUACAUGGGCUUAAAAAUAAUUGCCUUGGAGCAGCGCCUAGCCUCACUGGGAGCAUUGCCGGAAUACCAUGCACAUCACAAAGAUUCUUUUGCUCAUCGUGGCCUGGGAUUACAGUUCCACGUGAAUACAGAUCUGAUCUACGAUGAAUUGUCAGAAAAUCUUGCAAAAUUGGAAAAGAUACAGAAGAAUCUACAAAAGCUUCUAGAAGGAAAUGAAUGAGAUGCUCUACUUUUUAUCAUCAGUAUGCUUUGUUCUCACCAAGGUCAUACAUCUCUGGAAUGUAACAUGAACUCUGCAGGACAGGGUGUGGGAUUGUUUAAGUUUUAAUCUUGUGUUUCUCAGAAUUCUGCGCAGCCUUCUUUCUAAGGAAAUAUGCAAAUAAUCUUCAAGUAUCCGUGCAAUAAUGACCAAAAAAUAUCCUUUAUCUAAAAAUUAAUUUUACACUUUUGAAAAAUAAUGAGAUUUGUAGUGUUCUGUAUAAGAAAUUGAUUUUCUAAAAGUAGUCUAACCAUUUGAUUCUAAAAGCACUCCAUUCUCGAAAAGUUAUUAUAAUACUUGGUGUAAAACAUGUGUUGACCAUGUGUAUGAUCUCCUUGCUCAAUAGUCUGAUAUGACAAAAUUGUUAGACUCCAGAAUGUGGGGUAGGUUUUUAUCUUCGGUGUCUUAGCACAGUCAUAGGCUAAGUCAGGCAAAGAUGAUCAUGCAAAUUCCAGAUUUCCCUUCGAGGCAAGAAAAUUAGACGAAUAGAGCAAUGCAAUUGUCCAUAGCAAAUUUCCCCCUUUGUACCAUGGCUAGAUAUUGCUUUACCCAGAGGCUAAAGAUGACCAUUUACCCUAUUGUGUCUGAUCAACAAGGGGAUUGCAUUCAUGACUCUAGAAGUACUCUAUGCUCGUGUGAGUGAAUUUAUAACUGCAUUGUGAUCUGAUACUAUUUAUAUAAAAUGCAAUUGUGUUCUUUUAAACCCAUUUCUAUGAAAUGAUUUCUCACUUGAAAUUCUGUAAAUAAAUUUUGCGCACACUAAAAGAAUUUAUGCUGUUUCUGGAGGUAACCUGGCAGACACUGUUUAAUGUGGUUGUAUUUAAACAGUUACUGGUUCUGUUUGACAGUUGUACUAAAAAGGUGCUAAAUAUUGAAACAUGAUUGUUUUUUAUAUAUCACCUAUUUGUGGGAUCUGAAAUGAAACUUUUGUGCGGUUCACUUGUAGCAAGACAUCUUAAUUUUGUAUAUAACUGCUAGUUUUCUCAAUGUAGAAGUGAGAAUGAAAAAAAACCUUCACAAUAAAAUGUUUA